UAAUGACGAUUAGAUUCCAAGCGAAUUGAUAAAGAAAUGUGGCACGCGACGAAACUUUUCUAUAAAAACUUUUAGUUUUCGAUUAAACGAUUUUAGUUGGUUUAAAUUUUUGAAACAAAUAGUCCGUGGGAAAUUGAGUAAACGUUUACGGAAAUGACUGCAACCCCGGUGCCAGAAUGGUUAACAGCUGAUUUGUUUGUCAGUGUAUUGGAGAAAAAUGUUGAAAACUUUGAUAAAAUCACCAAAUUUACAGCAGAUACUCCAUUUGCUGCUGGAGAGAAUUUCCUAUCGAUAUUGUGGGCUAUUGAAAUUGAGGCAGCUUUAAAGGAUGGUUCGACAAAAAUCUGCAAAUAUAUGCUGAAGAUACCUCCGACUUCAGCACAGGCUCAAGCCAUGAUUGGCAUGAUGAAUUCCUUUAAACGUGAACGAAUCUGCUACUAUGAACUGUUUCCCGUUUUCGAUGAAAUGUAUCGCAAGGCUGGCAAAGUUACAAAAAUUGCACCCAAUGCCUAUUCGUUUGACAAAGAUUUGGGUUUUGAUGUCAUUCUCAUGGAAGAUGUACGUCAAGAGGGUUUCAAAAAUAUGAAUCGCCUUGAGGGACUUGAUAUGGACCAUGCCAAGAGUGCCUUGGAAGUUUUGGCAGAAUUUCAUGCUGCCUCCGCCACCUACAUUGUGAACAACAAUGGCCUGCCAGCGCUGAUGAUGGCGCCAAUGCUCAAGGAUGGUAUGGUGGAAAUGUUGGCUAAAUCCCAGGAACCACAGGAGCAAGUGCUGGUAGAAUGUUUGCCUAUCUACAAGGCAGAGAAUUUAAAAGAGAAGCUGAUAAGUUAUCGGCCCAAAUACUUGAAAGAAAUUUUGAACUCGGAAAACCGCAGCAUGGAGGAUUUCAAUGUCCUCAGCCAUGGUGAUUGCUGGUCGAACAAUAUUAUGUUCCAACAUGAUGACAAGAAUAAUGUUUUGAACACAUUGCUGGUUGAUUUCCAAGUUGGUCGCUUCACAUCUCCCGCCCUUGAUCUGCAAUACUUCCUUCUGAGUUCUACUAGCUUGGACAUCAAACUGAAAUAUUACGACUAUUUCAUUCAGUACUACCAUCAGAAAUUAAUUGAAAAUCUGAAGCUGUUGGGUUAUUCCAAAAAGAUGCCAUCUCUGAGAGAUCUUCAUAUGUGGAUGUAUGAUUACAGUUUUAUGGGAUAUACUGUCCUCUUAAAGAGUCUCCCAGUAAUCCUUCUGGAUCCCAACGCCACAAAAGACUUCAACAUGGACAACAUGAUGGGUGACAAGAAUGACGGAGGUGCCAUGCAGAAGGCCAUGUAUACUGGGGAAGGAUAUUGCAAACAAAUGCAACAGUUACUACCUUGGUUGGCUAACAAGGGCUAUUUUGAUUAGGAACAUAAAUAUUUGUCAAACAAUUGAGUGUAUCCCAAAGGAACAAAUGACUGAAGAAUGACUGUGUAUUUAUUUAAAAAAAUAACUAGGACAACUUUUGUAAAAAAAAAAU